AUGUUUCCAAUCUUAUUCACCUAUGUUGCAUCAGUUGAUUUUGAAAAUAUUUGUGAUCUCAAGUGUUUCAUACAAUCAAUGGUUUUUCCCCUUGACGAUGUUUCAAUUGGUGGUGGUAUUGGAGCUCGAGAUAUGAAAUUAUAUUCUGUUUCUAUCAAUGAUUUCUCAUUCGAAGAAGAUCCAACAAGUGAUUUAAAUUUUUUUAAAGUGGCAGUUAAAUGCGACGCAACAUUGUCUGGAACUUAUUAUGAUUUAUUGAGUUCUGGCUAUAUUACUGCAAUAGCAACUGGCUGUACAUUCACACUCGGGAUGUAUUUUAUUAGAGACUCUGAUGGGUUCGUUGAAGAAAUAAAAAUUGCACCUUAUCCAUAUUGUAACUAUCACAUUCAAGAUUUAGAUAUCAAAACAAAUCACAUAGGUUUGAAUAUAUUAAGACCAGUAAUUAGUGAUGUGAGAAAUUUAUUUCAAACUGCAAUUUGUAAUGAAAUUCAGAAACUUGGAACAAAUUUGACUGAAAUGAUUUAA